AUGGCAAGAACAGGUCAUUCCACCAACACGACUUCCGGAAAACACAGGAUGCGUCAACCACAGUCUCAGAAGCUCACGGACAAGGAGAUUUUGGAGUUGAAGAACUACCUUCCUGAGGCGGCCAGGUUGUUUGCUCCUAAGUUGGACCAAAAACAAUGGAAAAAGAGGAAGCAGGUGUACAAGACUUGGUUGUUCAACAACAAGAAAAAGAAGGAAAGGAAGGACAUGAUCAAGUAUGGGAGGAAAUGGACUCCCAGGAUGGUGGUCUACCAGCAAAAACGCGAAGAGGUGCUGAAGAGGAUUGACGACGAGUCCAGGGUAAAGCCAGGAGAUCCUGGUAUGUUCAAACAUUAUCAGGCGGCGGUGAAGAGAGUCAUGGCUGAAUUGGAUGACGAUGAGUUGGAGAAGGCUAAAGAAACAGCCAAAGAGUGGUCCAACAACUGUCCGCCUCCAGAGAUACAAGCACAAGUCGCUCGUAAGAAGGGUCCGGCAUAUAUGGAGCACUUUUCGAAUGAGAUGUGGAGGCAAUGUGGGAUGAGAGUGUUUGUGAUGUCGGCUUGGAAGAAUGAAAAGGGCGAGGUGCUGUUCGGGAUGCAUGAUGAUAAUGAGGCCUUAGGAGAUGGGGACAGCUUCAUGAAGACGAAGGACUGGGAGGACAUUGAGCCAGUGUGGCAGGAGUACGCGCAGGAACAGUUCAGGUUAGAUAUGGAUAUCAACCUGUCAACGAGUUCUGCUGGGACAUACAGAUGUACAGACAUCGUUAUGGGAGAUGAUGAGGCUGCACCACUUUAUAUGGGCACAUAUGAAUGUACGGACAUCGUUAUGGAAGAUGACGAGAACGGCCCCCUCGCCAUUCUUCCAGCGAAAAUCAUUGCCAGCAGUGAGAGCGAGGCAUACCAGGCCCCCCUAACGGACACAGAUGACUAUCUCAUACCACUUGCGGUCGCACACAGUAUCGUGGAUGGUGUGAGUGGACAUGACUUUGAGCAUGACAUCACUCCUGAUGAAGAUGUAGGAUUCAUGAUGCCAGGAGAAUAUGUGGAGGCUGAGCUGUAA